AUUGUGUCGACGGAGGCACUGCGAUGCGGACGCCAUAAGCGGAACAUUUCACUCCGUCGUGGGGCAGAUGCUGCCACAGCUUUAGUCAGCGUCGGGCUUGCCACGUGCACGGACAUGCAACACACACAACGCGCGCAACGUGUCGAAUUUUUGUGAAUAUUUAGAUCGUCGCGUGUGCGAGACCGAAACAACAAAGUGCGACGCCAACGCCAACGGCCAAAUAAUACAACAACAAAUAAUAAAAAAACACGAAAAAAGGAGAAAAUAGAAAUACUCUAUAUAUUAUAUCUUAUUUAUUUUGCGUAUUUUUUUUUUGGUUGUGUGACCUGUGACUGCAAUAUAAAGAGAGCAAGAGAGCGAAAGAAAUGCCGUUAACCGGCAACUGAGUGCUGAGCAUUGCGCGCCAAAAAAAAAUUCAAAUCAAAUAUCGAGUAGCGCACAUGUUGGCCAUGCCAAUUAAAACAACCUCAACAAAUUCCACUGCAAUAAUAAUAACAAUAGCAACAACAACAACAACAGCAACUAGAGGAAGGCAAGGCAAUUGCUACGAAAACAGUGAACACUCGCUGACAAGUUCAAGUGAAUGGUCGAAUGUAAUUAUAUAACACCAACAACUGAUUGUGAGUGAUUUCAAGCUGAAAAAAAUUAUAAAAAGAACAGAUAAAUACAUACAAAUAAUUGAAAAGCAGAGCACGCGGCAACAUUCAGGCCAACAUGGCGCAUGAUUAACGCCACUUGUUAAGCGCAUUGAUUAAAGAUACGGCUGUGAGGAGCGCGCGCGCCGAGCUGGUGGUGCGGUGGAGCAGUUGAGCAGUGGUGCUGUUGGCUGUUAGCUGUUGGCUGCUAGCUAAUAGCACAGGGAGUAAAACAAAGCUGCCGCCAACAGUCUCAAUUGAGGAGCACAAAAUGGGGAGCUUGUGCAGAUGGUCAAGUGGAAUUGUGCCGCAGCCUAGCUGCUGGCUGCUAAUGCUGCUAAUGCUGCUAAUUGUUGGUCAGACUGUUUAUGGCAGCCCAAACGAGUCAACACACUUAAUGGGGUCGCAACCACGGACAAUAAAGUCGAUCGAAAGAAACCACCAAGUUGAGAGUAACACUGCCACCGACACCGCCAUCGCCAUUGCCAACUGGACAGCAUUUAUCACGCCCGCAAGCUAUUACGACCGCGAAGAGGCUGUAACAAUCUCGCGACCACCGCGGAGCGGACGAUACGAGCGGCAAGCGGAGGAGGAUCAGGUGGAUCGUUGCAGGCUAUUCGUGGAUGGGGAUCCCACCAAGAAUGAGCUCUAUAGCCCCGAGUAUCCCAAUUUGUAUCCCAAGAACAUAAACUGCACUCGAGUGAUAACAGCGCCGAAGGGUCAAAUCAUACGACUGGACUUUCGCAACUCGUUUAAUAUUGAGGCCAAGGAGGAGUGUAAAUUUGAUUUUCUUGAAAUACGCGACGGCCAAUAUGGUUUCUCGACACUGAUUGGUAAAUUCUGUGGCACAGAUUUCCCACCGGAAAUCACCUCGAAGGAACGGUAUCUCUGGUUGCAUUUCCAUUCAGACGACACAAUCGAAUACACUGGCUUCAGUGCUGUGUACGAGUAUCUGGAUCGAAAUCGGGAAGCGCCCAGCACGGACCUCAACUGCACCAUCGAGAAGGAUGGCUACGAGGGUUUCAUUAACUCCACAGAUGUCCCGGCUGACAUUAGGGAGCAAGUGAUACGUGAUAAGAUUGCCCUCGACUGCAUUUGGCGCAUUCAGGUGAAGGAUAACUGGAAGAUAUUUUUAAAAUUUUUGGACUUUCAUUUGAGCAAACCGAAUGACUGCGAGACGAACUUUCUGGAUAUAUUCCCAGAGCAAACAGUGAUGCCAUUAAGAGUAAAAAACUUUUGCGGCUCGGCCGGCGAGAGCAUCACGGCUGAGUCAAACAUUCUGCACAUGCGAUUUUAUGCGGAACAAAGUGCGAUUAAUUCGACAUUCGCCAUUCUAUAUACGGCGUUCCGGGACCGUGGAUCGGCAGCCUGCACCGAUGAUGAGUACGAUUGCGAGGACGCGACCUGCAUAUCAAGAGACUUAAAGUGCAAUGAGCGAGACAACUGUAAAUUUCGCUGGGACGAAGAGAAGUGCUCGAAUGAAACGACUGGCCAAUCUGAGCAUGUGGUCAUCAUAAUAAUCGUAUUUGGAUUAAUACUUGGCGGCAUGGUCAUCACAUUCAUUGUGAACUGCAUACGUAAAAUAAUACGGGAUCAGAAGAUAAUACGCGAUCACAUACGCGAGUCCAAGGAGAGCAAACUGGACGAGAUGGGUCGCAAUUCCAAGGCACGCUCUCGCGAGAACAUAUCAAGGCAAAAACACUCGCAGACCUCGCUGCAAAUUCUCGAUGAUGUAUCGAAUCGUUACUAUCGCGAGGCUGUGCCCAUAUCGACGCAGUCUAGCAAGGCCGAUUUCAAGGAGAAGGAGCACAGCAUAUUACGCCGAAAUCCAGACAUGACUCAAGCGAGUCUCUGUGGCGGCAUCGAUGUCGACGACGGCGAAUCCUCGUCCACAACAACGGCAACGCACGACAUGAUGAUGACUAAGGCGUCGAUUGCGACUGCACCGGUUAAUGCCUGCGAUAUGGGCUGUCAAACGAGGGAAUCGCUGUUUGCGAACAGUCCCAGUGCAGUUGCCACGCUAAUGAGACAAAAGUCCAGCUCGUCGUCGCUGGGUGCUGGGAGUGCGGCUGGGGGCACAUUGCCGCCGCCACCACCGCGCUUCUUCUCCACAUUUGGCUAUGAGCAUGGGACGUCGCCGGGUAUGAUCGCUGGAUCGCCAUCGCUGCCAGCGGCAACACCGCCGCCGCCACAAGUACAAAUGCUGGGCACAAUGGGGCGGCGCAGCCAGUUGCACAUGCAACAUGCGCCGUCACAGUCACAGCACGAAUCGCUUGAGUUAGAGGAGCGACACAGCGGCGUUGGCGGCAACCAGCGGUCGCACUAUGGCCUAAUUGUUGCCUCAGCCGUCAAGCCACAGGAGAUUUGCCAUCAUCAUCAUCAGCACCAGCAGCAACAGCAGCAGCAGUUGCAACAGCGUACGCAUCACGCACAUCCAGCGCAUCAGCAUCAGCAGCAACAGCAACAGCAGCUGCAACAGCAACUGCAUCAGCAGCAAUUGCAGCAACACCAACAGCAACAGCCUGCAACGCGACACAUGAAGGGGCAUGGACAAACGGUGCUGCCGAGCAAAUCCAGCGGAGUCGCUGGUAAACAGCAAAAAAACGAAGAGUCCAAAGUGUUCAUCGACAUACGGAAUUCAGCGCCAGACGUGAUUAUCAUGACGUCCCAUUGACAUUUAAGGAUUGCACGCCAAUCAACAAAAACACCAACAACAGCAGCAACAAUGAGCAACAACACCAACAACACCAGCAACAACAACAGCGACAAGGACAACAGAACAAUGGCCGACAUAUUAACCACAGCCACAGCGGCGCCGUUGACACGGCACGGACAUGCCCCUGUAUAUGGACAGGGGGGACGUAGACAGAGGUACGGACACGGACACGGACAGUGAAACGAACAUGAAUGCGGCGGACAUGAACACGGCGUGGCGCAAUCAGCCAUACAAAUACCAAACGCCACUUUUCCGGCCAGAGCACACUGUCGCAUCCAGAUGCAUUUUUGGCUUCAGGGCCAGGUAAUGUACAUUUUUCGCAUUAUACUUUCGGUUUUUCUUCUUCUUCUUUUUUAACCCCUAUUUUAUGCAUAUAGACUGCACUGAAAAUAGCAUCAUUAUCCAUUCAGAGCUUAGGAAAAUGACUUUGAAUUGAGCUUUGUUAGAGCUUUUGUUAAGUUAUCGAUGUAUUGAAUAAAACCAGGUUGUUAUUCUGUUUGGCAAGGGUGUGCAAUCUUCGGUGUGUCCCCGACAGCUGCUGGUUGCCACAAAUGCCGUUGUCUGCUGUUGCAGCUGGGCGUUCAGCUGGGCGUUCAGCCUCUUUGCUGUUGGCAGGCAGCAAGCUCAUAUUGCGAGUAAAAAUCGCACAGAUACAGAUACAAUAUAUAGCAGAAGGCACACACACUGCUGCAUUUUCUGUGUGUGUGUGUGUGUGAGUAGUCGACAGAGUCCUGGUCAAUGUCUUGCUAUACGUGCAGACACUAAGCAGACACGGCUGACAACAACAACUACAACAACAACAACAUAGAGGAAGUGCAACAGCGUCUGGAUAAACACAAGAAUUUUGACCACCAACUGGACAUUGUCCGUUGCAUUCCCUAAGACCCGAGCACAACGCUCCCCGGCCAUGCCCUCCCCCUUCUGUUUCUGUUAUUCGAGGCGACUUUCACGCAGCCAAAGCGAAACUUCUUCAUUUACAUGCAUGACGAACGUGACCCGCGCAGAUUCCUUGCCCCUUGUCCCGUGGACUGGGUCAGACAGAGUUCAUCCGUCACGUCUACGUGCAACCUGCAGCAUACUCUCUCUCCCUCUCUCUCACUCUCUCUUUCUCUCUCUCUGUCUGGAUGUGUUAGGCGACCGACCAGCAAAAGCGAUUGAAGCAAUUUGCGUGAAAAUAGUUUCUAAGUGAUUUUCUGUGCAUUCGGCACGCUCCCAUGCGGUUCGUCCCUUUAGCCACUCACCCCACCCACCUCAGCCAAACCGCCCUAAAGCUUUUUUAAUCAUUUAAUUAAAUUGUUCUUCACUCACACACACACACAUACAUAUUCCUACUUCCAACAUAUUUGACGCAAUCAUCAUUCAAGUGCAGGUUAUUUAAAAAUAAAAAAUAAAAAGUUAGAAUUUUCUGUGGUGCUUUUGACGUCUUUCAGGCUUGGGAAAAAUGUCAACUUACUAUUAGCAGAGUCACCAUAUUGCGUUGGCGGCAGCUGUUUUUAUUUCCCUCGGCGUCUCUCGAGAAGCCAACCAAUUUUGUGGCCUGUUCCACAAAUCGCAUUCACCAAAUAAUUUGCCACAGUGUUUCAUCUUAACAAUGUGAAAAAUGCUUAAUCAUUUUCCAUAAAUAUUCAUGGGAAGAAAAUCUUGUAUUAAAACAUAUUAUGAAACGCAUUGCAUGAAACACAAACAAAAAUGGUCGAAUAAUUAGAAAAAGAAAAUUCUUCAAGUAUUCAGCAAGUCUUAAAACAAUAUUAGGUUAUCAGAGUUUUAAGGUGGAAGAGUGUAUUUUUGAAUUGAGUUUUAAAUCACUCUGUUGCUUUUCUCACAUUUAAUUUUUAUAGCUGCUUCAAUCAUUCAGAACUCUCUCGAAAAUGCGAACAAUUUUGAUAUUGGAACAUACCCAAAUAACUGUCGCCGUUGGUGGUCUGUGGGCGGAGGGGGAUAGUGUGGUAGGCUUGGAGGUGAGGGGGCAAUGUUAACCCGGUACCAAACCAAAAAUGCCAGGCAAUUUGAUUGAUUGAAUUGAAAGACAUGGACAAUGUUAAGCAGGGCAAAAUAAUAGCAACAAAGGAAAACAGAUAACCGAAUGAAUGGAGAACUUUGGAUUGGCCAACUGGGGAGUGGGCUAGUCGGCUAGUGGGCUAGUGGGCUAGUGGGGAGUUGGAUCCAAUGUCAAAAAGGCACUCAUUACUCAUUACUCAUUACUCUUCAUGUGAUGCGCUGGUCAUGCAGCCUUGCAAUUUGGAGAACAAAUCAUUAGCAAGAUUAAAGGGUGAUUACGCAGCCAAGCCAAGUGAAUGUCGAAAACGAGAGAUACAAUUUGUAGUUGUUGUUCUUUUUGUUGUCAUUGUUGUUACUUCAAAAGCGACCCGACUCAAAGGACAGAUGCUUGAAUCCUUGGACCAUUAUGACACAUUAUGAAUGCAGGCAGGGAAUGAGUUUGUAUUCGGUGAUGAGCGGACAAUCAGAAACCGCAAAAAUCAUUCAAAGAGAUGAAAAUGUUUAAGCGAUUUUAGAAAAACAAUCACUCAACCUGUUAGCUGUAAUUUACUUCCCUUUUUUCAUUUUUGGUUGCUUUCAUUUUGCUGUUGAAAACAAAAUGUAAAAUCCUUUUAUAGCUUUAUUAUCAGUUCAGAGCUUAAAUAAACUUAGAUGUAUCUGAGCAUUGCUUCUAAAUUUUUCAAACACACGCAGAUAGUGAUAUGGAUUAAUUGUGGAGAGGAAAACGAACCUAAGUAGCGAGAUUAUUAACGAAGAACUUCAGACAAUAGCUGAGUAGUCAAUAAAGUGGAUUUCCAAAAAAAUAAAAAAAAAAAGGAGAAAAGUUUCGAAGAUGAAGCAACUCAAUAUAUAUCUUUGUUCAGUAUAUAUUCAUUCAGUCAACAUAUUUUAGUAGAAAACUUUUCGUUUUACAAUCAAUCUGUGAGUUCUUCUUCUUCUUUCAUUUGCAUACCUGAAAUUUCAUUUCCAUAGAAGCUGUCUGAAUUGGUUAAUUGGAGGUAAACAAAAAUGCAUAUUCUGGUGCUGGGAGCAACAGUUUGAGCAUAUGUGUGUAUGUAUUCGUUGUACGAACUAUAAUCUGGGCAUUUUGUGGAUUAACUGGGUUCAACAAUAUUUGAGUUUUUUAUUUUUUUAUUUGGCAAUUUUCACAAGUGUUGGUUUUUGUACAUGAACUGAACGGAUUGGACAGACAGAUAUGCUGAAAUCCAAUAAGUCUUUUAUAUCAUAAUUAUUAUUAUGAAGGAUCAGAACUGUGUGUUGCUGUAUCUUUUGCUGCUAUGGAUUUUUGCAAAUGACACCCAUGGCUAAGGGAAUUUCAAGAGAAGUUCAACUUAAACUGAAAUUCAAGCUCAGCUACGGCCAUUGGGUUGAUCCACGUUGGUUUUUAUAUUUAUUUAUUUUUCGAUUAUAGUGAAAUUGUGUAAAUAUUCAUAAGGAAAACUAACCAAGCGAGAAGACGGCUCCAUGGUCGAGCUGUACACUUGUCGAAGGAUUUAGCGAUUUUACUACAAUAAUUGAUUAUUACAAGUAUUGUACUCGUAAUUGUCUACUAUAUAAGCCUAAGGAUAAUACUAUACACAGUUUUUGUAAUGCAAAUUUUUUGUAAGCGCGCAACGCAUACUUAAAGUAUAAAAAAUAUAAAUAAAAACAUAAGUAAAAAAAAUUAAA